AUGUGGUCCUGGUUCGGCGGCGCAGCCGCUCAGAAACGCAAGGAUGCGCCCAAGAACGCUAUCUUGAUGCUGCGCGGACAGCUGGACAUGCUACAGAAGCGAGAGAAGCACCUUGAGGCCCAGAUUGCGGAACAAGAUGCCGCUGCACGAAAGCACGUCAACACAAAUAAGAACGCUGCGAAGGCCGCACUCCGACGGAAGAAGGGCCUCGAGAAGAACCUUGAGCAGACAUCCGCACAGAUCAUGCAGCUUGAACAACAAGUAUACUCGAUCGAAGCGGCGAAUAUCAAUCACGAGACACUGCAGGCGAUGAAACAGGCUGGUGCGGCUAUGGAGCAGAUUCAUGGUGGAAUGAGCAUUGAUAAGGUUGAUGAGACUAUGGACAUACUCCGGGAACAACACCAGCUCGCAGACGAUAUCGGCGCCGCGAUUGUCUCUGUCCCGAUUGGCGAGCAGGCCGACGAGGACGAGUUGGAGGCCGAGUUGGAGGGACUGGAGCAGGAGGCUAUGGACGAGCGGAUGCUCAAUACCGGUCCUGUCCCAGUUAAUGCCCAACUGGACCGUUUACCCGCUGUUGGAACUUCGGAUUACAAGACACCAGCAGUCGAGGAAGACGACGAAGAGGCAGAGCUGGCCAAGUUGCGUGCCGAAAUGGCCAUCUAA